CCCAUACCAUCCUCGACCAUCUAUUACCAUUCAUACAUCGGUAUCGUACACGCCAGUCUUCGACAAAGCUCUCAGAAUGGCCACCUACCAAGCUACCGCUUCGGCGCCCGUCAACAUUGCCUGUAUCAAAUACUGGGGCAAGCGUAACACCAAGCUGAUCCUCCCUACCAACUCUUCCCUCUCGGUCACCCUCGACCAGGAUCACCUCCGAUCGACAACCUCUUCCCGAGCCGACGCUUCAUUCGAAAAAGAUCGACUCUGGUUGAACGGCAAGGAGGAAGAGAUCGAGCGAGAUGGAAGGUUGUGGGUUUGCAUCGAUGCGUUGAGGAAGUGGAGGCAGGAGAUGGAACAGGCGGAUUCUGGCUUGGACAAGAUCUCGGCCUACCACGUCCACUUCGCCUCGCAUAACAACUUUCCCACCGCGGCCGGUCUCGCCUCGUCCGCUUCCGGUCUAGCCGCCCUCGUCGCCUCACUCUCUCACCUCUACUCCCUCCCUCAGACUCCUUCUCAACUCUCCCUCGUUGCCCGUCAAGGUUCCGGAUCCGCCUGUCGGUCCCUCUUUGGAGGGUACGUCGCUUGGCGUAUGGGAGAGAAAGAGGACGGCUCGGACUCUUUGGCCGAAGAGGUCGCUUCUAGGGAACAUUGGCCGGAGAUGCACGCUUUGAUCUGUGUAGUCAGCGACGCGAAGAAGGGAACCUCCUCGACUUCGGGGAUGCAAAGGACGGUGCAGACCUCGCCAUUGUUGCAGCACCGGAUCAAAGAGGUCGUCCCCGGUCGGAUGGACGACAUCUCCAAGGCGAUCAGAGAGAAAGAUUUCGAAUCGUUCGCCAAGAUCACGAUGAGGGAUUCCAACUCGUUCCACGCCGUCUGCCUUGACACGGAACCUCCCAUCUUUUACCUGAACGACGUCUCGCGUAGCGUCAUUGCGGUCGUCGAGGAGCUCAACAGGGCCGCAGGGAAGCCCAUCGCCGCGUACACUUUCGACGCCGGUCCAAACGCUGUCAUCUACACGUUGGAGGAGAACAUGCCCAAGGUGUUGAACCUGAUCAACAGGUUCUUCCCGCAAGAGGCUUCGUUCGCCAACCCGUUCAAGAUGGACUGGCAGUCGGCCCAGGUCCCGGAAGGGUUCAACACCAAGGUUGUCCCUGAGGGUGGAUGGGAAAAGGGAGCCGUCAAGAGCUUGAUUCAUACCAGGGUCGGAGAUGGACCUCGAAAGUUGGACGAUGGCGAGAGCUUGUUGAAUGAGGAUGGGAUGCCUAAGACCCUCAACUAGGGUCGGAAAGAUGGGUCGCGAGCGUAUAAACAUUAGGGUAGAGGGACGUCUUCAAUAUGCAUAUUUCCAUUAUAAGGCGAU